AUGUUGAUUCGACUCACAGCAUGGCUUCGACUUACUUACAUGUUUGGAUCUGCGCUGACAGAGCAGCUUCAAAGUAUUGAGAUAUUUCUAUCUGCCUCCAGUGGACACAGAUUUAUGACUGAAUUUAUUGAAGUUGGUGGAAUCUUGACACUGCUUGAUAUCAUUAGUCUGAAACAGGUGACUGAGAUCAACAAAGCCAAAUCAUUAAAAUGUCUUCAGCAUAUUGCAAAUUCUGGACGAAAGUAUAAGGAGCUUAUUUGUGAAAGCUAUGGUAUCCGUGCUAUUGUUGAAUGUUUGGCUAAGUCCAAGUGUGAAGAGACUCAAGAGUAUUGCCAAGAGAUUUUGCUCUCAUUGUCUCAAGGAAAUCCAAAAUUUGAACAACAACUCUAUAAAGCAUUGAUUGCUCUCCUACCUUGUACUUCACCCAAAGCACAACAGAUAGCUGUUAGUUCCCUGCGGAUUGUUCAGCCAGUUGUCAAGACUGCCCUUCCCACAAUGGUACAAUGUUUACUUAACCUGUUGAAGACAAUGCACCUUGAGGUCCAGUAUGAAGUAAUUGAAUUCAUCAAAGAGUUGAUGGAUUAUGAAGUUGCCGAUGCUUUGCUUGAGGGUUUGGUCAAACUGCUGUGUCCCAGUAAGAAAAAUGUUGAUGUGCCGAAAAUUCUAUCUGAUCCAGUUGUUAAGAACCUUGAAAUGCCACUUCCAACAUAUAUUUACAUCCAACAAGCUGCUGCUGCAAAGACAAUUGGGUUGCUCUGCAAACAAAAUCCUGAUUGGGCUAACAAACUGCUUCAGCUCGGCAUUGUACCAAAACUGAUGCAUGGCUUAGGAAAUGCAAACUAUGCUGAUAGUCAAAGACAUUGCAGCAUGACACUGGAGUAUUUGUGCCAGAAUUAUAUAGCUGUAGCAAGUGAAGUACAGGAAACCCUUGGCGACAACGUCUUUCACAUGCUAAUGUCAUCACCCGAGGUUUUGUAUUUAAAUUUGAGUGCUUUACAGAUUGAACUGCUGGAGAACAUCAAAGUAGGCAAAGAAUCACCGAAACCAGAUACUCUAAGCCUGACCUAA